AUGAACGAAGAAUCUCACCUCUCUGAUGGUAUCAAACAAAAGUCAGUAGAUCAAAGAGACCCUCUUCCCGAAGAGCCAGUUUGUGUAAUCUGCGGUCGUUAUGGCGAAUACAUUUGUGACCAAACCAACGACGACAUUUGCAGCCUCGAAUGUAAGCAAACACUCUUGAAAAAGAUUCUUGACAACAAUACUAGAGUGAUUCCUGCUAGAGACGAGUGUUUCUAUGUUAGAGAACCAGGAACUUGUUUCAACGAUGCUCAAUUGCUUAGAACCAAGUUUGAGAUUGAUGUACAAGGAGGAGGAGGAUCAGAGGAAGUUCCUCCUCCUGUCUUGUCUUUUAAUUCAUGUGGGCUUACUCAUAAGCUUCUUCUCAAUUUAGAAACUGCUGGGUAUGAAUUUCCCACUCCUAUUCAGAUGCAAGCGAUUCCGGUUGCUUUAACCGGUAAAAGUAUGCUUGUUUCGGCCGGUACUGGCUCUGGGAAGACGGCUUCUUUUCUUGUUCCUAUUGUUUCUCGUUGUGCGAGGUAUCGUUCUGAGCAUCCUUCAGAGCAGAGGAGCCCUUUGGCUAUGGUUUUGGCUCCAACUAGAGAGCUUUGUGUCCAAGUUGAAGAUCAGGCUAAGAUUCUCGGAAAAGGAUUGCCAUUUAAGACUGCACUCGUUGUAGGUGGUGAUCCCAUGUCUGCACAGCUUUAUCGUAUUCAGCAAGGUGUGGAAUUGAUCAUUGGUACUCCAGGUCGGCUUGUGGACCUUUUAACGAAGCACGCCAUUGAACUGGAUUACGUUAUGAUGUUUGUGCUGGAUGAGGUUGAUUGCAUGCUUGAGAAAGGCUUCAGGGAUCAGGUGAUGCAGAUAUUUCGGGCUUUAUCGCAACCUCAGGUCUUGCUCUUCUCUGCGACAGUCUCAAGAGAGGUGGAGAAAGUAGGAAGGUCACUAGCAAAGGAAAUGAUUUCGUUAUCCGUUGGUAAACCCAACAUACCUAACAAAGCUGUCAACCAACUGGCUAUAUGGGUUGAUGCAAAGCAAAAGAAACAAAAGCUCUUUGAGAUACUGAGGAGUCAAAACCAUUUCAAGCCCCCAGCUGUUGUUUACGUGAGUUCUCGAGUUGGAGCAGAUCUCUUGGCUAAUGCUAUAACUGUGGUCACGGGGAUAAAAGCUUUAUCGAUCCAUGGGGAGAAGCCAAUGGAAGAGAGGAGAGACGUAAUGGGUUCUUUUUUAGCUGGAGAGGUGCCCGUUCUUGUAUCGACUGGAGUUUUAGGCAGAGGAGUUGACCUCUUGGUGGUAAAGCAGGUAAUAGUGUUUGACAUGCCUAAGACCAUCAAGGAGUACAUACAUGUAAUUGGCAGGGCAUCUAAGAUGGGCACUGCCUUUUUGUUUGUGAAUGAGGAAAACAGAAAUUUGUUUCCUGAUUUGGUCGAGGCUUUAAAAAGUUGUGGAGCAGCCAUACCUAAGGAACUUAUCAAUUCAAGAUCUAGAGAAAUACACAACAAGAAGAGGAAGGUUGGAUACUGA